AGUCCAGUAAUUUGAGUAAACAUAUAUAAUGCAUAAUAUUGGUCAGUGAUGGAAUUUAGAAUUAAGGAGUAAGAGAAAAGACUAGUCGGCCCGGUGUCCGAAUGAUAUGUCCGGACAUGCAAGCGAUUUGCACAUAUUUCUUCGUGGUAGUGUCGGUCGUAUCGGCAGACUACAGUAAAUUGCUGACUGGCAACUUCCCUUCACUCGAUGAUAAUAUAGUUGCAGGUUAUAAAAAUAACCACAAACAACUCGACCCACAUUGUUCUCAUGACGCCAAACAUCCGGCUAAUGUGACUGUAACAGCCGAUAUGGACGUCAAUGUUUUCAUACACUGCGAAAACGGAAGAACGUUUCAUGUGGACCAGGAUGAAGAUCAGGUUCAUUACAUAGCUCAUGUACACUACUCCGGGAACGCAUCUGCUGACAACUGUGUAUUUCAUAGCAAUAACAACUCACAAUUCUAUCAGGUGGCUUUAGAAAUCUAUUUCAUACAAAAUGGUGUGUUCCAGUAUAAAGAUGCCUACAUUGUUACGUGUUCAUAUGCAGAGUAUGGAACCAAUGAAACUCAAGGAAAUGAAGUUGAUGUCCCCAUUGUUGCUCCAUAUGAGACGUAUAAACAUCUUCAUCGUGUCCACAACCAUACACAUACCAAUGACUCAUCGACAUUCAAUGUAGAUAUUCUAGAUAACAGAGAACAAAUCGUUGUUGGUCAAAUACCACUGGGAAAGAAAAUCAAAAUCCGUGUUACAAUGACAGCUGGUUCAGCUGCCGAGGUAGGAUUUCACGUGUUCAUGUGUGAAGCCAAGGGUUCGGAAGGAACGCGACCAUUUGCAUUUAUUAGAGAAGGGUGUGGAGAGGGGUUCAUUAUUCCGAAAAAUUUAGGAUUCACCUCAAAUGGUCUAACAGCAGAAAGUCCAUUUUUCAAAGCAUUUGGAUUGUAUGGAAGCCCAACAGUGACACAUGAGUGCCAUUUCUAUGUGUGUCAUGAAAAUUGUGAUGGGAGUUCCUGUAUCUAUAGUCAUUUUCCGACUGGUGGUGGACGUCGUCGUCGUGAUACUUCUUAUGUAUCUCAUGACCGGGGGAUGCAACAAUCGGGAACAGGAAAACCUCGGGUUAGGCAUUCUGUUAAACGGAUAAGAGCAGGUAUGACUGCUGUAAAUGAAGACAUUGAUUUUGUCAACCAUUUCAACAGUUUCAACGACGAUACAAACCAGCAAAAGGACAAGGACAGCAAAGAUGAUAAAACAGAUGACACUUUAGAAAAAGGUAUUAAAAACCCCGUUGGAACACACGAGAGUCGGAAUACAAAUGCAGAAGUACCGUUUGCUUCUUCCAGAGAAAGAAAAUCUCUCAAACCACGUACUAGAAAAACAGAAGAAGCAGGAAAAUCCAUGAAUGAUGGAAUUAAACAAAGAAAACUGAUGUCUUCAGAAGAUAUGCAACACAACUCCCUAAGAAUGAAGAUUCUGUCCGCAGAACAGGUGCAGUUUGACCGUCCCGAAAUGGAACUGCAUGUUAAGAUUCUAACAAUUAUACUUAUGUCAGCAGCGUCUAUUGCUUUAAUGGCGAUGUUUGUAACUGUCACGUGCAUCUUGUAUAAAAAUUCAAGCAGACAUACCACACUUAUCAUACAGGACUGAGUCUUGAAAAUACAAUGGGACGGAUAUCAGGCAUAAAGAUAACGAUGGUGUUUUCUGUUAAUAAAAUAUAUAUAAUCA